AUGGCUUCAACUCGUGGACGCGACGCAAUGGUUUGCCUCAACCAUGGCCAAAGGCACUGUUCCGCCCAAUUCUUAUCAGUCGAGCGCAACCGCAAGAGCCGGAGCAGCAUCGAGAUGACAACUGCGUCUCCCUCCUACACAGACGGAAAAUCAGUCAAGCCUUCCUCCAGUUGCAGCGGCAAACCGGCAGCCGAAUCUUCCAACACCACUCCUUUCUGUUCCAUCGACCCCUCUACUCCUCGCAUAUUAGGCCUCCCCCUAGAUCUCGCGAAAUGGUCUACGUGCGGGUUGGUGAGCUGCAUCGAAAGCUGGCGCCGAGAGAAGAAGGUCGUCAAAGUGCUGCGUAGACAGCCUAGUUAUCUGGAUAUGCGCGCCGCGGAAGCGCCCCCGCGGAGGUGGGAACCGCCACCGCACAGCUACUACAUUUUGCGGGAGGCCAGCCCCGAGAGUGUUCUCGGUUAUGAGAUAAGCGUGGAGUCCGGCGCUGUGACGGUUGCGGCUGCGGUUGCGGCUGAAACCACAGCCGGUGCGAGAUGA